UACUCGCAAGGGUGCAAGGGUGGGUUAUUAUAGGGCUUUGCCAAAGUGAACCAUGAACCCAAACGCCACCUUACAGUUACACCAUGAGUGACCGAGACCGAGACAGAGACCGAGAACGUGACCGAACUCGUGACAGAGAAAGGGAACGAAGAAGAGACAAGGAUGAGCGUGAACGAGAUCGAGGACGCAGCAAGAGAUCGCGUACGCGUUCACCUGAUCGUGGCCGCUCCCGCCACACGCGCUCCCCUGACCGCUCGCGCUCUCCCGGCGAACGCUCCCGUCGGCGUCGCAACAGGACGCCUACCCCCGACCCUCCGAGGAAGCGUCACCGGAGAGGUUCUGUGGAGGAGGAGCAUAAGGAGACGAAGAAAGUGGUGUCGGAUUUCGUGGAUGGGAUCGCGAAGGAACAGCAGCAGAAGCAUAAGGAGAAUGGAGGUGGAGAAGAAGUUGAGGUGAACGAGGACGAGAUGGAGAUGAUGAAGAUGCUAGGGAUUCCCACGGGAUUUGACUCCACCAAGGGAAAGCCCGUUCCUGGUGCUGACGUCAGUGGCGUCAGAGCCGUCACCAAGCGCCAACCUAGACAGUACAUGAACCGCCGUGGAGGCUUUAAUCGUCCAUUGCCUGCUGAGAAGAAUCGCUAGAUUGCGAUUGAGAUGGGUAAUUUCUUUUUGUGGGGGUUCAAUCAUAUGGAAACUUGGAGCCUGAAACUCUUGGCGGGACUGAAAAUGAAAGCUUCUUGUAUUACCUUCAGCUCAACGUCCAGUGUAAUUUGUUUUAGGCAUGUUAUAUUUCGUACCUAUCUAAUUGACAAGUAGCAUUCAAAGAAUUCGCUAAAUUUUCAUGCAGUGUGUGGAUUUAACUGCAUGCCUCUUGAGAUGCACUUGCUUUGAUUAUGGAGUCAGAUGAUUCUGGAUUUCAAUCUCAUGACCAAUUGAUGUGGUAGCUUGUUAACUGGCUAACCUAAAUCUAAACAGAAUUCUAACGUUAUACACAUUUAAUUACUCUUGAUGAGCACUUAAGAAUUCCUCAAAUUGAUAUUAGCAGCAAGAAUUAUCCCUGAGAUGCACGAGCUUUGAUUGAAGUAUCUGGACUUCAAUAUCAUGACCAAUGGACGACCAUGAUUGGGAUUGGUUUUGUUGUGAACUUUGAACUGCACUCAGGAAGAAACGCAGAGGAUUAAAGCUAAACAUCUUAUGCGGUGCUGAAAUCUGAGUGAGGCAGAGCUUUGUACUACAUAGAAACAUGAGUUGACUCGCAAUGAUUCCUCCAUUGAGGAUCCUCAUACGAUAAUUAUUCUUGGUGAGAAUAUAGGAUAAGGACCCAUGUAAGAUAAUUUUCUACACAUUCUGGUUCCUGCCUCAAAUGCUUCAUUAAUCUUUGCUGUCAAUCUUAGAAUAUGAGUCUUAACGCAAUGGUCAUGAUUUCGGGUAAUGAAAGCAGAACUUUUUUC